ACAUUUUCAUCUUUAUAUCAAGGGGUUGAUAUAUAAACGUUUGAAUUGUUUGUCGACUAGGGAGCUGAUCACAACGUUACUUUAACGUUUGUAUAAACAACCCAACGCUACUCAUAACAUUAAUAUAUCAAAAACGGAUCUGAAGAUUUCUUGAGAAUGGAAUGGAUACCGCUCGCGCUUACAUUUGUGACAGCUGUCUGUUUUCACAGAAGUCAAGGUUGUACUUGUAUGACAAGCAAAGACCUUGCGGACUACUACUGUGAUGAUUACACGGAGUUGAUCCUCCGAGGAGAAGUCUUAAACAGUACAGUAGUAGAAAGUAACUACCCGUGGGCCGACAUUGUGUCCUACGCCUUUGAAAUAACGAGCGUCAUCAAAGCUGAAGGAAAUUCCAGCAGGUUAGUUGAGGGGAAAAGCAUCGUUGACAUUAACGCAAAUACAAAUGAAGCUAUGUGUGGUACAAGACUAACACUCGGGGUGGAGUACGUUAUAGCAUUCGGCGCUUCCCUACAUAUAAAUCUGUGCAACUGGAAGCGACCUGUCCUGGAUUUGCAACCAUCGGAUCUAGAAUUAUCUGAAGAUGCAUUCUUCAACUGCGCAGCAAGAAGCUGUAGGCCCACCGCAGACAACAGUUUAGAGUGCUGUCGACGGGCACGGCUAGGAGAAGUAUCCUGUUUACACUACCCAUUUUGUUAUACAGAACUUGAUGGAGAGAUGACUCAUUGCUGUGCUAUUUUAACCGACGGAACGGUCGAAUGUGUUGAUUAUCCAGGUCUGUUACUGAAGAAGUGAUCAAACGACCGAGGCGACUCGUUGACUGUCUGCAGUACCAUAAUUAUGUAGUUGUUGACGAAUAUUUGUAACAUUUAAUAAAACUACAACUGCAGAGUCA